AUGGAUGGAGAUUUCUUCCUGGAAAGCUACUUUGAGCAGUGCACUAACCAGGACGAUCUGGUCUCAAGCAGCCCGCCGACGUUCUCUCCCUUGAGUCCUUUUGCGACAGACCUGCCCCUCCCCUCCAUCCCGGACACAUCAUUUGAUGGUCCGUCCGACUUGACCAAAGACUUCUCGACUAGCUACUCUUCGGUGGACCUCAGCUUCCUCCCGGACGACCUCGGUCAGGAUCAGAGGCACGACGACGACAGCAGGCUGCUGGGAGAGGAGUCCGACUCUCCAUCGGUGGCACAAGACAGUAGCGUGGUCUUGGAAGAUGGCGACCUGCGCCAACAAGGGAAGGAACAGGCAGCCCAGCCAUUGCCCGACGCCUCUGGGCUCUGUCCCCCCUUGACACCGAUGACCCCCAUGACCUCCGCUUCAGAAAGUUCAGGCAUCGUCCCACAGUUACAGAAUAUUGUGGCGACCGUGAACUUGGCUUGCAAGCUGGAUCUCAAAAACAUUGCCCUUCACGCCAGAAAUGCCGAAUAUAAUCCAAAGAGGUUUGCUGCUGUGAUCAUGAGAAUCAGAGAACCGAGAACGACGGCCCUGAUAUUCAGUUCUGGCAAAAUGGUGUGCACGGGGGCAAAAAGUGAAGAGCAGUCCAGGCUGGCUGCCAGGAAGUACGCCCGGGUGGUCCAGAAACUGGGCUUCCCAGCAAAAUUCCUGGACUUCAAAAUACAGAACAUGGUGGGCAGCUGUGAUGUGAGGUUCCCCAUCCGGCUGGAAGGCUUGGUCCUGACUCAUCAGCAGUUCAGUAGCUAUGAGCCAGAGUUGUUUCCCGGCCUUAUAUACAGAAUGGUCAAGCCAAGAAUUGUGCUGCUUAUCUUUGUCUCUGGAAAAGUCGUGUUAACUGACAAACUGAAAAGCCAUAAUGAGGUGCUAAAAAAGAGGAGCUCCAGCCGCCUCACGGUUUCCUUGCAGGGGGGAGAGUCGGAAAAUCUGCAGCUCAACACCCUCUGA